GUUAAUUUUUUUAAUAUAUUUAUUGUCUACCCUCUUAAAGAAGUAUGCCGAACAUAUGCCUCCAAUUUGGUCAGUGCGGCGGACAGUUGGGCUUCGAGAUAUUCGACUGUCUCAGCAAAGACAGUGUCCCGACGAAAAUUUUCAGCCGAAAGUACAUCGACAACCAUGUAGAGAACGAUUGGUUCUCGAGGUACGAGAACGACCGGCUUGAAGCUCGUUCAGUCAUUGUUGACACGGAGGUAAAAGUCAUUUCUGAGCUAGAGAGCAAAAUCAAGGGCAGAUUGUGGAACUACCCCAAGGAAAAUGCAGUCACGACCAAUACCGGAGGAUCGGGGAAUAACUGGGCAAGAGGUCAUUAUGAAAAUGGUCCUAUAGUCAGGGAUGAAGUAUUAGAGAAGAUACGAAUCGAAGCUGAGAAAUGUGAUCGCUUGGAUAGUUUCUUCUUGCUGAUGAGCUCUGCCGGUGGGACCGGAUCUGGCGUUGGUACGUACAUAUCUAGAUGCUUGAAAAACGACUAUCCAAAAAAUAACAACAUCACUGCACUUGUACUCCCCAACACCUCUGGAGAAGUCACCGUCCAAAAUUACAAUACAAUGUUCACUGUCGGUAAACUUUAUGAAUCUUCUGAUUCUAUUAUUGUUUUUUCAAAUGACUAUCUCUACAAGAUCUGCUCGCAGUUACUCCAGAUAAAACAAGUAAAUUACGAGAACAUGAACAAUAUUAUCGCAGGUCAGUUGUCGUGUAUUUUUAGCGCGGCGGUGCCUUCCAAUUGCCUGUCGAAAUUCCUCCCAAUGAUGACAGCUCAUCCCGAUUACAAACUGUUGCACAUGAAGUCCACCCCUUAUUAUCCAGAAAGUAGCCAGAUUUUUGAAACCCCUCUCAAGUGGGAUGCAAUCCUGCGCCACAUGAAAAUGAUGCUUGUCAAAGCUGACGACUGCCUCUGGGACACAAAGCCAACUUGGCAGUUCAACAGCAGUUCCAAACAGAGAGCAUAUGUUUACAACAAAUGCAUAGCUAACCUCGUAGCUUGCACCGGUAAUGAAAUAACAGGCGCCGGUCAUUGUAUGGAAUCGCUUUUUGGUUCCGACGAACUCUACGUACCAUGGGUCCCUAAGCGGGAUAGGUGUUUCAGCUUACAGAACAACAGGGUCAUCCAGGGCAAAGAGAAAUUCUGCUCCCUCCUUUGUAACAACGGGAUGUACAUUGGCAAACUGGGCGAAAUGAUUGAAAAGGCGUGGAACAGCUUCAUCCACCAAGCUUACACCCAUCACUUUUACAAACAUGGAUCCAACGCCGAAGACUUUGUCUACACCUUUGCCAAAUUAGAAAGUGUCAUAAAAAGUUAUACUUCAAUAUAGUUUGAGUAUUAUAUCAUUUUACAUUACACUGAUUUUUUUUUAAAUUUUAAA